AAAACGGGCACAGAUGAGAUCAAAACAAAUCGUUUGAAUAUUUUGUUUAUUUUUAUUAUUUAGGAUCGAAUGUAUGUGAAAGUAAUUAAUCCGUCCAUUUAUAACAACUUCGGAAUGAACUUAGUGAAGUUUCUUGCUAUAGAAUAUUAACGGUUCAGUGUUUGAAUGUAUAAAACCGCUAAUAUUCCCGUUACUCGGUGUUCGUGAUUUCAUAUCCACGUCAGAAGUGAAUUGGUGGUAAAAUGGGUCGUUCCAAAGGAUAUCAGGAUUUAGAUGACAGCCACAUUAGGCCCCGGUCCCCGGGCCCGCCCAUGCCUCCACCUCAAGAAAUUGAAAUGGCAUCAGUCUCUGUUGUCCCUGAUGACACUUUCACCGUCACUCAGGCAGUGAAUGCUCUAGGAUUUGGCUGGUUUCAAGUUAAACUUUCUCUCUUCACUGGACUCUGCUGGAUGGCAGACUCGAUGGAAAUGACUAUAUUGAGCAUUCUAUCACCAGCAUUGCAUUGUGAAUGGAAUAUUAGCAAGUAUCAACAAGCUUUAACCACUACAAUAGUAUUCAUGGGAAUGAUGCUCAGUUCAACAUUCUGGGGUAACAUCAGUGACCGUUAUGGAAGGAAGACAGCUCUAAGCAUGUGUGGUGUACUUCUGUUCUAUUAUGGUCUGCUAAGUUCUAUAGCCCCAAAUUUCCUCUGGCUGUUAUUUCUAAGAGGUCUUGUUGGGUUUGCUAUAGGAUGCGUGCCACAAUCUGUCACAUUAUAUGCUGAGUUUUUGCCGACGAAGCAGAGGGCUAAAUGUGUUGUGCUUCUUGAUUGUUUCUGGGCUCUCGGUGCGUGUUUAGAAGUCGCUUUGGCGCUGGUAGUGAUGCCAACGCUAGGUGUUCAUUGGCUCCUUGCUCUGUCAACUAUACCGCUACUGUUCUUCGCUCUAAUAUGCCCUUGGCUUCCUGAAUCUGCAAGAUAUCACGUCGCCUCAGGCGAGCCGGAUAAAGCUCUGGCUACUUUAGAACAGAUAGCCCAAGAUAAUGGCAGGCCGAUGUUGCUAGGACGUCUAGUCUGCGACGAUUCCGUGGGGAUUGGGCAGCGCGGCCGGCUCAAGCAUCUCCUCAUACCGCAUCUAAGGAACACCAGCUUAUUACUCUGGUUUAUAUGGAUGUCAUGUGCAUUUUGUUACUACGGUCUAGUACUUAUGACGACGGAGCUGUUCGAGACGGGCCCCAGCGGCCUGGAGGAGCCCUGCGCCGCCGACUGCCGGCCGCUGCAGACCACGGACUACAUGGACCUGCUGUGGACUACACUCGCUGAGUUUCCCGGUAUAUUCGCCACGAUAUUCAUCAUAGAAAAAUAUGGACGCAAGAAAACAAUGGCUACACAAUUCGUUAUAUUUGCGAUGUGCGUCUGUGUCCUCAUUUAUAAUGGAAAUCGAACAUUCCUCACAUGCAUACUAUUUCUCGCCAGAGGCAUUAUAGCGGGAUUAUUUCAAGCUGCUUACGUUUAUACGCCAGAGGUGUACCCGACGGCUCUUCGGGCGACCGCAGUUGGCGCCUGCAGUGCUGUCGCACGACUAGGAGCUAUGGUCACACCAUACGUGGCACAGGUCCUGUUGAAAAACUCAAUAGUGAUAGCAACGAGUGUGUACUCUCUAGUGGCCGUAUUAGCGGCCGUCGCGUGCCUCGCACUGCCCAUAGAGACUAAAGGCAGGGAGAUGAGAGACACAGUCACUGUAACAAACUAGAGAAACAGAGGUUACCCAAACACAUUCAAGUUUUAUAUAUAUGUUUAAGGACUGAUUUUUCAAUGGUUAGAUAUAAGUUAUCUGGGGAAUAAUUAUGAUGCUGUCGCGUCAGAACGUUUGUAUAAGACAAUUUUAUUCCCUUAGACAACAUUUAUCUGACUAUUGAAAAAUCAGAUAUCGUAACACGGUUUUUACAUUGUUAC